AUGAAGCGUUUGGCCUUGGAUUUGGGAUUGGAAAAUGGGAACGGCUUUGUUAUAAUGUCUGACAAACAAAAGGGAUUAGUGAAGGCAGUUCAUACCCUCCUUCCAGAAGCUGAGCAUAGACAGUGUUGUCGCCAUAUCUACGAGAACUGGAGGAAAGGUGGAAAAGAUCUAAGGUUACAGAGGUUCUUCUGGUUCAUUGCAAGGAGCUACACUCCUGGUAUGUUCAACUACAACAUGGACGAGCUUAAGAACUAUGAUCCUGGCGCACAUGCAUCUCUGAUAAAGACAAAGCCAGAGACUUGGUCUAGAGCUUUCUUCAAGAUAGGCUCCUACUGCAAUGAUAAUCUGAACAACUUGUGUGAGUCCUUCAACAAGACCAUCAGGGAGCCUAGGAAGAAACCUCUGCUAGACAUGUUAGAGGAGAUAAGGCGCCAAUGUAUGACUAGGAACUACAAUAGGUCUAAGAUGGCUAAGGACAGGAAGACUAGGUUCACCCCGAAGACACAUAAAGAGUUAGACAGGGUUGAGAAGAAGUCAAAAGAAUGUAGUCUGCGUUGGGCAAUUGGGCCAGAGACUGAGGUGGAAGAUAGAGACCAGUCAUAUGUGGUGAAUUUGGAGAAUGAGACUUGUGCAUGUCGAAGCUGGCAAAUGAAUGGUAUUCCAUGCAUCCAUGCUGCUAAGGUCAUCCUUGGCGUGGGAAGAAAACUCUCUGAAUUUGUUGCUCCUUUCUACACAACCUCUAAGUGGCGUGAAACCUACAGUUUUGGGAUCAGACCUGUAAAUGGGAUGAUAGAGUGGCCUCGGACCAAUAGAUUAGGUGUGAUUCCACCACCUAAUCGAAAUGGCAAGCCUGGUAGGCCUAAAAACCAUGAUCGAAAGAAGGGAACCAAUGAGACAGUGUCUACUACCAAGCUGAGUCGUGCGAACAGGGUAAUGACAUGCUCUAAUUGCAAAGAAGAAGGGCACUACAAGAAUACAUGUCGGAAGGCUUUUGUUGAGAGCCCACCUAAGAAACCAAAAGGCAGACCAAAGAAAUAUCAGGGACUACACUUUGGCGAGUCACAAGCUCAAUCCUAA